AUGACUGAUAGUUAUUCUCAACUAUAUGGAACCACUAAAUUGAUUGAGGAAUAUGAAGAUAGGAGGUAUGAAGGUGCAACUGGAAAACAGGAUGAUGCAGUUUUUUGCAAGUCUAUUCUUAAUGAAUAUGCAGCCAAGAUGAACAUGGAAAUGCCCAAUUACACAACUAUUCAGCCACAAGGGGCAGUUCCAGUUUUUAUAUCCUCUUUGGUUUUCAAUGGUGUAACUUGCACUGGCGGCCUGGGUACAAGCAAAAAGGAGGCUGAACGAUUGGCGGCCCGUGCUGCCAUUCAAUCCCUAUAUGAUGAUAGCAAGUCAAAAAUGGUUCUUUCGAAUACAAUCAAGUCUAAGCAGGAACUUUAUGCUGCAUACCGGGGGACUAAACAUUCAUAUCCUGUUGGAGCGAAUGCGGGAGGCAAUUCUGAAACCUCAAAUACCGAGCAUAGGGAAGCUUUAGCCUCUGGACCAGCUAAUUAUAUCCUUAGUUGUGCUAUUCCCAAGGCAUGCUCGGAGGUACCUGCACCACGUCAUUUGCCCCAAUUACCAAGUGCAGUGGCUAGAGCAUCCUCUGCAGUAGGGAAUUCCUUGAUCUCCUUUGUUCCUGCGACUACCGAACAGCAGCCCAUUGCUGCUAUGAGUUCUGGUAGAAAGCGACGUAAGAACAAGAAAAAGGCCAAUAAGAAACCGCGUGUUGAUCCUCAGUUACCCAAUGCUGUCAUGCCCUUUGACCAAGCCCCGCCUUGUUCUGUUGCAAAGUAGAUGGAAUAAAUGUAUGCACUUUCUAGCUAGACAUUAGUUUCUAAGGCUUGGCAUCGGGGCUCUCUCUUUUGAGCGGUAUGCA